CACCCUGACGUGUUCUUGAUUCUCAGAGAUUAUUCUAAUGGCAAGCACCCGUACUGUAGCUCUAGCUAGUCGGAUUCCGGCAAUAAUUUGGCCAUGGCUCUCUUUUGUGGUUGCUGAUACUGCAUCGAUGCAUCACCAAUUCACCAGCAAGCAUACCUAUAUUUAUUAUAUAUGCGUUUCGGCGCCGGCCACUCGAUCUGUUCUUCUUUGCUCAAUUGUUCAGGCAGGCCACCACCAGGAGGCAAAAGAGUAUCUUGCUUGUGUGUUGUAGACUUGUAGUAUAGUAUAUGAUGGUCUCAAGCAAAUAUUUCGCAGCCACCAUUGCUGAUGUAUUAAAUUGUUGUUCCCUGGAAAGGACAAGAACAAGUCUUGUCUCUGAGAUUCAGAGUAUUUACAUCUUCAAUCGUCUCGCUAAAGUAUCUGAAUUCAUAUGCAGUUCAGGGUGUGUAAAGAUACUAGAGUGCCAUACCGGCUUAGCUUUCGAUCCAAGCCACCAACAUAAAAUUCAGCGAAAGGAACUUUGGAGCCUGCUGAAAGAAGAAUCGACUAAAAGUGCCAGGGUAAAGAUCCGCUGACUAGGAAAGAUGUUUCCUUACUUCGAUCCAGAGUACGAGAACUUCAACCAGCGCAUCAACCCUCCUCGGGUUUGCAUCGACAACGACACGAUGAGCGAAUGCACCGUAGUGAAGGUGGACAGCAUGAACAAGAAUGGCAUCCUGCUGGAGGUGGUGCAGGUGCUGAGCGAUCUGGACCUCACCAUCCUCAAAGCGUACAUCACCUCGGAUGGCGGAUGGUUCAUGGAUGUGUUUCAUGUGCUGAAUAAGCAAGGGCAGAAGGUGACUGAUGACAAGACCAUCAAGUACAUUGAGAAGGCACUGGGUCCUGGCAGCAACCUGCCGAGCGCGAAGAAGGGGGGCGGCUCGCCGGGGAGGUCGGUGGGGAUGCACUCGAUCGGCGACCACACGGCGAUCGAGCUCAAGGGGCCCGACAGGACGGGCCUGCUGUCAGAGAUCUUCGCGGUGCUGGCGGAACUCCAGUGCAACGUGUUGGCGGCAGAGGUGUGGACGCACAGGGCCAGGGUGGCCUGCGUGGUGUACGUCAACGACGUGGCCACGGGCAAGCCCAUCGACGUCGACACGCGCCGGAUGACAAGCAUCGAGCACCGCCUGAGGAACGUUCUGCGCGGGCACGGCGGCGAUGACGAAGACGGCACCGGAGCGCACACCGAGUUCGCUGUCGGGUCCACCCACGUGGACCGCCGGCUGCACCAGCUGAUGAACGCCGACAUGGAGCUGGUGGACGCCCAGGGCGAGGGCGAGGAGGUGGCCGACGAUGGCAUGUCGGUGACCGUGGGGUAUUGCAAGGAGAAGGACUACUCAGUGGUGAACGUGCGGUGCCGGGACCGGUCCAAGCUGCUGUUCGACAUCGUCUGCACGCUCACCGACAUGCAGUACGUCGUCUCCCAUGCCGCCGUCUCCUCCGACGGCUUAUACGGCGUGCAGGAGCUCUUCAUCCGUCGCAAGGACGGGCGCACGCUGCUGAAAGACGAAGAAGACAAGGUGGUCAAGUGCCUCCAAGCGGCAAUCUCCAGAAGAGUUUCCGAGGGGUUCACCCUUGAGGUGUGCGGGAGGGACAGGGUGGGGCUGCUGUCGGAGGUGACGAGGGUGCUCCGGGAGCACGGGCUGACGGUGACGAGGGCCGACGUCGCCACCGUCGGGGAGCAGGCCAUGAACGUCUUCUACGUGCGCGACGCCUCGGGGCAGACCGUCGACAUGAAGACCAUCGAGGGCCUCCGGGGCCAGAUCGGCCAGACCGUCAUGCUCAACGUCAAGAAGGUGCCCGCCCCCGCCGUCAAGCCGCCUGAGCCGGCCAGGGGCGGCGUGGCCAAGACCGGCUUCUUCUCCUUCGGCAGCCUCUUCGCCAGACUCCGGGCAUGAACUUGCACUAGUCCGUUUUGCAAUUGGGCAGCUCUUGGUGUAUAUAGUCAGUCAGUCAGUCAGUCAGUCAGUAGUGCAUAAGGAGCCCCUGGGUAGACAAAAAUAUACAUAUGCCAGACUGGUCGUUGGUUUCUCUUCCUGUUGCAGACUGCUAGCUUGUUCAGGUGGAUGGCAGUUUGGCUAUCUGCUCAUCUCAUUCAGAGCUGCAUCAUUUUGCAGACAACAUGCUGUCAUCUGUACAAGUUUAUGAUCCAUCGUUAUCUAUCUCAGUUAGCUCAACAUUUUGAUUUCUUCA